AUGAAUUUAGAUAUUACAAAUUUUUAGCAUUAACUCUCAGAAUUAAAUGAAAAAUAAUAAAAAAAAUAGAAAGACAUAAAAUUAGCAUUUGAUUUAUUUUAAAAUUUGGUGAAGCAGGUUUAAAGUUUAAAAUUGCCAAAGAAAAAUUAAUAAAGUACUUAAAAUAAAAAAUAAUCAUAAAACAAAAUUAAAAUUGAAAAUUAAAAACAAGUUUAUUAAGAGAAGAACCUUUUUAAGAGAUAUCUUUCUCAAAUUGUAUUUAGAAAUAUUAUGUUAUUUUUAACUACAUAAGAUAUCAAAUAAUUAAGAUUAACAAGUUAUUUCACAAAUUAUUUAAUAGAAACGAAUUUAGAAUUUAUAUUUUAUAAAAAAAUAUAAAGAACUAUAUAUUUAGAAUCAUUAAAUAUUAUGAACUUUUAACAACCUGAAAUUCCAGGAUUAAAAAAUAUUUAAAAAUCUUUGAAAAAAUUGAUUUCUUAAAAUGGGUAAAUUCAUAAGAUUCCUCAAUAACUUUUAUCUUAUUUUGCCAUUAUUAUUGAUUUAUCUGAGUCAAGUAAAGGUUUAGUAAGCAAAAGAAACACGUAUUUUUCAAAAUUUGAUAUCUUAUCAAGUACGUAUUAAUUUCUUUAAUACUAAUCUUUGAAUUGGUAUGGAUUAUAUGAAAAAGAUAAAAGAGCUUUAAAGAUCUUAAUUUCUAAGAACUAUAAAAGAAAAGAACUUAUAAAUGGUAAAGAAUAUGAUGAUUUAAAAAAAUAUAUGUAAAAUCUUUUUGAUUUUUUGUCACGUCCAGAUUAUAAAAUAAUUUGUGAGGCUUAUAAUAAAGAUUAAUUAAUUUAGUAAACUUCAAUCUAGUAAAGAUUUAUAAAAAAUUUGCUAAUUAAAAUAAAAUAAAAAUAAAAUUAUCUUAGUAAAAUAUCAAGUUUAGGAAAUUUGUUUUUUAAAAUUACCUUAUCAUAUUGUUCUAUGAAGGAUAUAAUUAAUAGCAGAUUUGUCUGUAAUAAGUUUAACCAAGAAUUUAAACAAAACUCCAGUUAUCACUAUUAAAUUUCAUAUUCUAGAAUAUAAAAAUAAAUCAAUGUAAUAUAAACAAAUUUUAAUUUAAAUCUAACCUAAGAUGAAUUUCUGUAUAAGACUCAAGAAUAAUUUAGUUUGAUGGAACUGUUUUACAGUAUUUAAUAAAAUGAUAGCAUCAAAAAUAAUAUAACUACGAAAGAUCUCUUACAAAUAAACAGUGAAAAUAUAGCUGAAUUCAUUUUUAAAUCUCCAAUUCAAAAUGAGCUCUAUUUAAAAUGCCAAGAAUUAAUUAUAGAAAGAUUAGGAAUGGAUAUUUUAGUUGAAAAAAAUUAUGAAAUUUUCCUCAAGAGACUAAUAAAAGUCAAAGAAUGCUUAUCAGAUUAUUAUAUUUAAUUACCUAAUCUCUAGAAAUAAUUACUAAACAUAGAAAAUAAUUUUAAUUUUCAUGAAUUUUGA